AGCGUAGCCUAGUGGUUAGAGCGUUGGACUAGUAACCGGAAGGUUGCGAGUUCAAACCCCCGAGCUGACAAGGUACACAUCUGUCGUUCUGCCCCUGAACAGGCAGUUAACCCACUGUUCCCAGGCCGUCAUUGAAAAUAAGAAUAUGUUCUUAACUGACUUGCCUGGUUAAAUAAAGGUAAAAUAAAAAAAUAAAAAUUAGGAUGACGCCCAAGAUACCCGUAAUCGGGGGCGUGGUCAUGUAAAGUUAUGCCUCGCGGUGUGUAUCUAUUAUUGGGUUUGAAUGGGGAAGGCCCUUCUAUUCAUUCUAUUUCUGUGGUUCAGACAGAUUGGUGGCUAGCCAGUUUGGGUUGGUAUACAAUGUAUGAUUAGCAUAGAUAUAUACAUUUCCGAAUCGAAGGAUUCAUUGCUUCGCCAAAAUGUUUUUUAUACGUUUGCUUGAACGUUUACCGCCUGACCUGGAAACAGUCGUAUUGUAAAAAUGAGGCAUUUUAAGAAUCCAAGCUAGAUGGCUAGCUUUGCUAGCGUAACGUUAGCCAAUUUGCUAGCUAACCGUUAGCGGACUAAUCGUGUAAACGUUAGUUAUUUUGGUUUUCUAGCUAACGUUACAUUUUACUGAUGGGAUACCGUUAGCUGGCAAGGUGUCCUGUAGUUUGUCCCUCUGACUUCCUAAACCUAUCUAACGUUCGUUUACCAGCCUCCGCCUUAUUCCCUUAACUAUCGUUUCGUUUACUGGAUUUGACGUAACAUUAGCUGGCACUGGCUAGUAGCUGCAAGAUAUGGCAACUGCCUCUAGCUCCUGUGUGGGGAGAAAUGUGUCUAGAAAUGGAUCCUCUGUCUCGACCCCGACCUCGGGAGCACCUGGACAAUCACAGCCUAUGGUCGUUGUAUGGGAAUGGCAGGAUGAUCUUGGCGUCUGGCUACCGUACAGCGGCCAGGUGAGCGGCUACAUAGAACAAUGUUUCUCUUCUCCGCGGGGACACAGGAGUGGGGGUCCUGGCUCCACCAGUAUCUGGCUCGGACAAUCAGAUUCCAGUUUGUCGCCUUAUCUUAUAGACAUACCAAGCUUGAAGCAGUUCCGCCAAGAUACAGGGAAAACGCGGUCUGUACGCCGUCAAUUGUUUGCCCAGUCCUCAGGCUUGGGUAGCGGAGUAUAUUGGGAGUGGGUGAAUGACGAAGGAGGAUGGACUCCAUACGAGACUCGCACUUCUAUCCUACUAGAACACAGCUACCAGGCACGGCAGGCCACGGCGGACAUUGUCUCACACGGCUAUAACUACAUAGUGGACCUCACGGCGCUGGCCCAGGUCAACAAGGCCACGGGCUACCGGCGACAGGUACGACGGCAGGGUAACCUCCCCUACCCACUGGCAUCUGGUGCAUCCGUCAUACACUCGGGCCCGUCCUGCUCCUGCCAGCAGUGUCUGAGCCACAGCAGCACUGGCCCCAUGUCCAGCCGCUCGCGCCAUUCCUUCUCGUCGGGGCAGCUGAGCCGGCCUAGCCUCCAGGUCCCUAGCAGGGCGACUGGAGCUCACCCCACCUCAGUGUACUCACCCUACCCCAGGAGGCCACUUUCUGUGGGGGGAAUGGCGUGGGGAGGCCCCUGGCCACUGGCACCCUCCGCUAGUCAACUCCCUGGAGCUCAACUGGCCUUGUCCACCAGUGCCAAUGGCUUAAGUAUCCCCACCAUCCCUGUGCAACUGAAUGGAUCCACCAGUGUGAGCUCAGCCCUGGCAGGCAUGGCCUCCAUUUUGAUGUCAGCAGUGGGACUCGGCGUGCGCUUCAUGAGUGCCCCCUCCUCCGCUCCUCCUCCCCCCAGCAGCAGCAGCAGGCCCGCGGGCUCCAAAAGUCGCAGCUCGGUUAGGAGGGAAAAGAGGCAGCACAGGACAGUCCCAUCCCAGAAACCAGAGGAUGUCAUUCACCGCUACAUGGAGGAAGUUGCCUCUGCUCAAGACGAGGACUGCAUCAUCUGUAUGGACCGGCUGUCUUGUCCGUCGGAUUAUGACGUGGCGUCUGAGGGAGCCCAGGCCAUCCAGCCUGGUGCCGUGGGCAAGUUCAAGUGUGGACACACCCUCCACAUGCUCUGCAUGCUGGCCAUGUACAACAAUGGUACCAAGGAUGGCAGCCUCCAGUGCCCCUCAUGCAAGACAAUCUAUGGGGAGAAGACUGGGACCCAGCCCAAGGGGAAGAUGGAGAUCUAUAGUAUCUCCCAGUCCCUCCCUGGCCACCCUGACUGUGGAACUAUCCAGAUCAUUUACAGCAUCACCCAUGGGAUACAGGGUCCAGAGCACCCUAAUCCCGGGCAGUCGUACACCUCUAGAGGCUUCCCUCGCUUCUGCUUCCUUCCAGACAACAAAAAGGGCAGAAAGGUGCUGGAGCUGCUGAAGGUGGCAUGGACACGGCGCCUCAUUUUUACGGUGGGAACGUCCAGCACCACGGGCGAGCCCGAUACGGUGGUGUGGAACGAGAUCCACCACAAGACGGAGAUGAUGUCCAACGUGUCGGGUCAUGGCUACCCGGAUCCCAACUACCUGGACAACGUGCUGUCCGAGCUGGCCUCCCAGGGGGUGAGCGAUGACUGCCUCCUCAGACGGGAGGACCCCAGCCAGGGAGGAGCGUCAAACUCUAGACUGUGAAAACUGGUUAUGGCUAGGGAGCAUCCGACUGUGAAACUGACCGUGAAUCACUUUCCUCGUAAUGUCGCAACUUCAACAUAGAGAACAUAAGGGAUAAAGCAAGUAUUCACAUUCCCACCUGGAUGUGUUUUUAUUAAGUAUUCAAUGCAAAGCGUAUGUCUGAGUGCAUUGUGCCGAAUACUACACAUACUGAUAAUGUGGGGUUUGACUUGGACUUUAUUAGCUGCAGUAGUGCUCCAUUAGCUCUUGGUUUAGUCACCUAGGCUGUUUCUCAAACGGCACCCUGUAUACAUCCCUAUAUUUGUAGUGCUAUAUAUAUUUAUAUAUGUACACACACACACAUUGGGGGAGGAAAGUAUUUAGUCAGCCACCAAUUCUGCAAGUUCUCCCACUUAAAAAGAUCUCUCACUUAUUUUCCACCAUAAUUUGCAAAUAAAUUCAUUAAAAAUCCUACAAUGUGAUUUUCUGGGAUUUUUUUCUUCUCAUUUUGUCUGUCAUAGUUGAAGUGUACCUAUGAUAAAUUACAGGCCUCAUCUUUUUAAGUGGGAGAACUUGCCCAAUUGGUGGCUGAUUAAAUACCUUUUUGCCCCACUGUGUGUGUGUGUGUGUGUGUGUGUGGCAUUACAAAAGUCAUUUUUUCAAAGAUAAGGGCGCUCCACUAUAUAUAUGCUCACUAUAUAUAUUGCUCAAAAAAAUAAAGGGAACACUAAAAUAACACAUCCUAGAUCUGAAUGAAUGAAAUAUUCUUAUUAAAUACUUUUUUCUUUACAUAGUUGAAUGUGCUGACAACAAAAUCACACAAAUUAUCAAUGGAAAUCAAAUGUAUCAACCCAUGGAGGUCUGGAUUUUGAGUCACACUCAAAAUUAAAGUAGAAACCACACAACAGGCUGAUCCAACUUUGAUGUAAUGUCCUUAAAACAAGUCAAAAUGAGGCUCAGUAGUGUGUGUGGCCUCCACGUGCCUGUAUUACCUCCCUACAACGCCUGGGCAUGCUCCUGAUGAGGUGGUUGAUGGUCUCCUGAGGGAUCUCCUCCCAGACCUGGAUUAAAGACUAAACCAACUCCUGGACAGUCUGGUGUAACGUGGCGUUGGUGGAUGUCCCAGAUGUGCUCAAUUGGAUUCAGAUUUGGGGAAUGGGCGGGCCAGUCCAUAGCAUCAAUGCCUUCCUCUUGCAGGAACUGCUGACACCAGCCACAUGAGGUCUAGCAUUGUCUUGCAUUAGGAGGAACCCAGGGCCAACCGCACCAGCAUCUGGUCUCACAAGGGGUCUGAGGAUCUCAUCUUGGUACCUAAUGGCAGUCAGGCUACCUCUGGCGAACACAUGGAGGCCCCCCAAAGAAAUGCCACCCCACACCAUGACUGACCCACCGCCAAACCGGUCAUGCUGGAGGAUGUUGCAGACAGCAGAACGUUCUCCACGGCGUUUCCAGACUGUCACAUCGGUCACAUGUGCUCAGUGUGAACCUGCUUUCAUCUGUGAAGAGCACAGGGUGCCAUUGGCGAAUUUGCCAAUCUUGGUGUUCUCUGGCAAAUGCCAAACGUCCUGCACGGUGUUGGGCUGUAAGCACAACCCCCACCUGUGGACGUCGGGCCCUCAUACCAUCCUCAUGGAGUCUGUUUCUGACCGUUUGAGCAGACACAUGCGCAUUUUGUGGCCUGCUGGAGGUCAUUUUGCAGGGCUCCUCCUUGCACAAAGGCGGAGGUAGCGGUCCUGCUGCUGGGUUGUUGCCCUCCUACGGCCUCCUCCACGUCUCCUGAUGUACUGGCCUGUCUCCUGGUAGCGCCUCCAUGCUCUGGACACUACGCUGACAGACACAGCAAACCUUCUUGACACAGCUCGCAUUGAUGUCCCAUCCUAGAUGAGCUGCACUACCUGAGCCACUUGGGUGUGUUGUAGACUCCGUCUCAUUCUACCACUAGAGUGAAAGCACCGCCAGCAUUCAAAAGUGACCAAAACAUCAGCCAGGAAGCAUAGGAACUGAGAAGAGGUCUGUGGUCACCACCUGCAGAACCACUCCUUUAUUGGGGGUGUCUUGCUAAUUGCCUAUAAUUUCCACCUGUUGUCAAUUCCAUUUGCACAACAGCAUGUGAAAUUUAUUGUCAAUCAGUGUUGCUUCUGAAGUGGACAGUUUGAUUUCACAGAAGUGUGAUUGACUUGGAGUUACAUUGUGUUGUUUAAGUGUUCCCUUUAUUUUUUUGAGCAGUGUAUAUAUAGCGCGCGCUCUUAUCUUUGACCAAAGGACUUUUUUUUGGAACAGCCUGAUGUUUCGCACCCCUUUUGACAUGCUCCAUGGAAUGUGCCAGCUCUCGUGGGGAAUAUAGAACAUCAGUAGCACUUUUUUAGUUUUGACAGUGGAUUUAAUUAACACGUAUGGUAAUUACCAGGUUAUCUGUGGUUGAUAGUAAAAACAUUUUUUAAAGUAAAUUAUGCAAUUACUUAUUUUUUUUUGUUUCUGUUGAGCAAUGUACUUUCUCACCAAAUACACAGGCAUAUAACAAAAACAAAAUGGUAGCAAAGUGAGUACUUGUUUGUGUUAUAAUGGAAGAUUUUUGUCUGUAAUGAAAGCACUGUAAAGGAACAGAUUUGCCAGUAAAUGCCAGUUACUUUAGAAGCAUAACCCAGAAGAGAAACUUCUCACUUUGCUUUUUGUUUCAGUUGUAUUUUUGUAUUUAUUCUUAAUGCAUUAUAAUUGAAAGGUGGAAUCCUUAGUUGCUACAUCCAUGUUUUACUUUUAUUAAUAUUAUGUACCCAUCGAUUCUUGAAUAAUAUAACUUAUAAAUGCCUCAAGCGCUUAGUUCAAUUGUCAUACCCCAACAGAACCCAAAAUAGAACCUUGUUACUCCAAUGUUUAAAUAAUGUACAUUUAAACAAACUCUGUAUAGCCUCAACAUGGUUAAAACUAUACAUUUGAAUAUAAUGAAUGAUCAGUCCUUGUAUCUAUGAAUUUGAGAGUGGUUAUGUUUCUCCAGGCCCAUCCCUCAGCUUUUUACCAAAGCACAGACGGGGUGAUUGCUUUGUUUCAAUUAAGGAUUUUAUCUUUAACCAUUUCAAAUGGGGAAACAAACAUUUGUAAUGCAGUCACUUGUAAUGCAAUUAAAGCGGUGCCCAUGUUCAUAAAGCA